AUGGCUCGUCCUAUGGAAAAAAUUAAGGACAUCAACGACACCAAAGAGUUGUGGAAAGUGGCGGUGAGAGUUUCCCAUAAAUGGAAGGUAGUCUCCAACAACAAGGAGCACUUUGAGAUGAUAUUUGAAGACAAAGAGGGUUCUGAUAUCCACGUUGUUGUUCCAACUGCAUGCAUGGCCGCAUACACUGAGAAGUUUGAGGUGGACCGGACCUAUACUGUGUCUAAUUUUUCUGUGCAGCCUAAUAACUUAGUUUUCAAACCAAGCUCCCACAAGUUCUUAGUGAAAUUUACUGGAGGAACUGCUGUUGGUGAUGUUGACAAACAUGACAUACCCCCCAAACCACGCCCCUUCACCAGUUUCCCUGACAUCAUUAACGGGAACUUUCAGAAGAAUGUACUCAUUGGUAAAACUGCAUCACGAUACCAUUUCCUUUUGCAUUAUAUAGUAGCUCAAUUACUUAUGUUCUUUGUUUUCAAUAAUCCAUCAGAUGUUAUUGGUAUGCUCGAAAGUGUUGGCAACAACACCCUCAAUUGCACCCUCUGGGAAGACUAUGCUAAACAGUUUUUUAAGUUUAACGAGGACAACUCUGCGACAACUGGGCCGAUUGUUAUUAUGAUUCAGUAUGCUAAAGUAAAAGAGGCUGGUCAAUACCCUUUCUCCGUUACCAACACAUUCCAUGUUACGAAGCUUCUUAUCAACGCGGAUUUGCCCACUGUCAAGGACUUCGUUAAAACAUUCCCAAAGGAAUCGUUGCGCGUCAUUUCUACGCAACUGACCUCUCAGUCUCAACAAUACUCCCGCACAUCCACAAAUGAUAAUGUUGGACAAAGUCAUCUGCAGAAAUUGCUCAAAGGGGCUAUUUCUGUACUACUCAGUGAGAUGAAGAAAAUCCGCGAGGUAAAGAGGCGUAAAUCUGAAUUAUAA